AGCGAGAGAAGGCUCGUGCGCAUGCCCGGAAGAGCCCAGCGUUCCGGUGGGAGGGGGAGGCGAAGAUGGCGGAAGGCGAAGACUACGAGUCCGUCUUGUGCGUCAAGCCGGAGGUCCACGUCUACCGGGUGCCCCCGCGCGCCUCCAACCGCGGCUAUCGUGCCGCCGAGUGGCAGCUGGACCAGCCGGCCUGGAGCGGCCGAAUGCGCAUCACAGCCCGGGGCAACCUGGCCUUCAUUAAGCUGGAGGACAAGAAUUCGGGUGAGCUUUUCGCCCAGGCUUCAGUGGACCAGUUUCCUGGCAUUGCUGUGGAGGGCGUGACGGACUCCAGCCGAUAUUUCGUCAUCCGGGUCGAAGAUGACAAUGGGCGCCGCGCAUUCAUCGGGAUUGGCUUUGUUGACCGAGGUGAUGCUUUUGACUUCAAUGUGGCGCUGCAAGAUCAUUUCAAGUGGGUGAAGCAACAGGACGAGUUAGCCAAAGAAGCCCAAAACCCAACCCAGGCCCCCAAACUUGACCUGGGCUUCAAGGAAGGCCAGACCAUCAAGCUCAGCAUUGCGAACAUGAAAAAAAAGGAUAGCUCCUCAGGAAGUCGGCCACGAACUGCGGACUUCGCGGGACCCCCCCUUCUUCCCCCGCCUCCAGGGGGAAAAACCCCCUUCCUCCCCACACCUGGAGAACAGCUUCCGUUGCCUCUUCCGGGAACCUCAGAAGAUGCCGUCCAAACAGAUGUUGUCGGGUCUCAGCCCUUGCAGCCGCCAAGUUCUUCAAGAGAAGCUUCUGCAGACAUCUGGGGGGAUUUCACGAAAGCUUCUGGGUCCGGCUCUCAGCCUCAACAGAACUCCGGUUGGGUCCAGUUCUGAAGCGGAAGUGGGGGAGACCCAAAGGCCAAGUAGACGGACCCUCUUUUGCAACCGGGAGACGGGCUGCAUAAAAGCCCGUCGGCUCUUCCAACAGAUCCUCUGCCUGGAUGGGUUUUGACUUUGGCUUCGGACCUCGUGGCGAGGCAGAGGAGGGCUUCCUCGCUCUCUUAUCUCCCGCCAUAAACUGGGACUUCGGUGUG